GGUAGCUGUCAACGAGAUUGCAGUUACAGUUUAUGAUUGCAUAUGCAACGCAUAACAUGUUAUAUCUUCUGAUAAAAGUUUUAUAUGCUCGUCUGUUUAACGUAAAAUGUUUAACCUGUGAAACGAAGAAUUAGUUCGGUUAGAUCAGUGGAACUGCUUAAAUAAGAAUAAAAUUUAAUACAGAGUAUCUCAUAUAAAAUAUAUUAUCACAGAACUAUUAUUCAACAAUAAAAAUGAAUGUAUCACAAGGAAUGACCGACACGAUCAUCAAACAGUUCUUUAAAAUGGUACUUCGGAAAGAAUUUUGUGAUGAAACGAUUAACGUGCUUCAUAUAGAGAAUUCCAAUUUAAUCAAGGGAACUAACUUUCUUAGUGAUUUUUUCAAAGUACGAAUUUCAUAUACUAUUCUAUCCAAAAUUGAUAAAAAAAUAUCGAUACAAAUUGCUGAUAUCGUCGUGAAAUCGGAACCUAUAAGCGGCAUACAGUUGACAAUGGUUCGCGACCAGGGUUUAUUUAUAUGCGAAUUAACGAUGCUGAAAGAAGUUCUGCCAAAGAUCGAGAAGCUCGUGCAGAAGCAAUUAGGACCGAAAUUGUGGUACGGAUCGCCAGAAUUCAGAAUUCUUGUUAUGGAGAAUCUAUCGGAAAGAGGAUUCGUUAUGAAAGAUCGACAAAAAGGACUGCCGAUGGAACAUUGCCUUCUUGUGAUCGAGCAAUUAGCCAAACUACACGCGAGCUCCGUGGCGUUACACGAGAAGGAACCCAAGUUGAUCGAGUCGUUUAAAAACGGCGGGAUUCUGUCUGUGAAUUGUCCAGCGAGUUUUAUGCGAAUGUUGGAAGUAUCUCUGUUGAAUGUAAGUAAGGCGAUUCGAGGUUGGACCGAUCAGAAGUACGCACAUAUCGCAAAUAAAUUAGAUAAACUGGUGAAGACAUUUAGAGAUAGAUGCGCCGACAUUUACAAAUACGAACCUAACGAAUUCUGUGUUUUAAAUCAUGGUGAUUGUUGGAUUAACAAUAUAAUGUUCAAAGAAAGUGACAAUGGAAAACUCAGCGAUGUUCUGAUGGUGGACUAUCAAAUGUCUGUUUAUUCAUCUCCAGCUAUUGAUUUACACUAUUUUUUGAACAUUUGUCCGCAAAUGGAACUAAAAUUCGAGAACGAUGAUUUUUUAUUGAAUUCAUACUUGAAAACCUUGACAAAUACGAUGAUUUCAAUAGGCUGUGCUAUGAAAGCACCUACAAUGGAAAAAUUAAAGGCAGCCCUGCAUAAGAGACGAAUAUACGCUGUGUUUGCAGGUGUUAUACUUAAUUUGAGAAUGAUGGCCGAUGCAAAAGAUACUGAAGAUUUCGUGGACUUGUUAGAGAAGUUGCAGGGAGAGACAAAGAUGGACGUAUUUAAAAAUCCAGAUACUGUGAUAUUAGCUCAGAAGAUGAUUCCCAUUAUGGAUCAAAGAGGCUAUUUCGAUUAAAAGUAACACAUUUAAUAAUUAUUAACGUAUGAUUUUAUCUUAUUAUUAAUAUGCAGUUCUUAUUUGCUAAACAAAGAAUAAAUAUAGCAUACAUCUAAUAAGAAAUAUUUUAAAUUGUAUUUAUUAUAUAUGU